AUGGACCUCCGCCUGAUGGCCCGCGGUCUCCGCGCCAGACCAACACCAUUCCUCCAACAAACCCAAGCACUCCCCCGAUUCUCUCUCCUAAACGUGCGCUACAACUCCUCCGACUCCUCACCAAAGACCUCACCCCAACCACCAGCCACCGAAAACAAGCCGGAACAACCCAAGCCGGUCUCAGACUUCGACGAUAUCCUCAACAAGCUUGACCUCAACCAACGGCCACGGGACAACCAAAACAGCCACCGAAUCUUCUCAGACUCUCUCGCUCGCGCCGUGGGCCAAGGUGCCCAGAGCGCUGCGCGUCUCCGCUCCCGCCCAGCUGUACCAGUCCGCAAGAUCGAGCUGAAGCUCGGACCUACGCUUGGUCGCCAGGCUCACGUUGAGCCCAGCCGUGGUACUGACCUUGCCUCUGCUAUCCGCAAGCUUGGUCAGACUAUUGCACAGAACAAGAUUCGCCAGGACUCUGCUUCCCAGCGUUUCCACGUUCGCAAGGGUAUGGUCCGCAAGCAGAAGAAGAUGCAGCGCUGGAAGAAGCUUUUCAAGGUCUCUUUCCAGGGAACUGUGAAGAAGAUUCAGCGCAUGCAGGCGCAGGGUUGGUAG